AUGGAACAUUGUUUCAAGAAGGGGGAAAAUCUCUACGAAAAGAAGGAGCUCACGGAUGCAGGCUAUCGAUAUGCGCUUGAUGACCAGAACCAGCUCGACGUUCCGUAAGUCUGACACGCGUCGUUGGCACGUCGUGUGCAAGACAUGAGGUCACGGAUGAUGAGGACGAUAGUGACUCGACUGGCGAAGUAGAGGGUGCCAUUAUCAUUCCGCCACAUUUUUCCAGACGUACAGGAUGUCCAAUCAAGUGCAGGGUCCGGGGUGCGAACGAGAGGGCCAAGCGCGAUACGAUCUGUGGCCUCUGCAAUAG